CACCUGCAUCUCAUUUUCCUUGUCCAAUUCUUCUUCGUUAUUCUCACAAUAGUUGGGUUCUUUCUUGCAAGUGCGUUUUUCAUUCGCCGAGUGAUUUGUCGGACGUGUAUCCACACGCAUAAUGCCAUACUAUUCCCCUUUGGAGCCGCUUAUCCUCUACUCCCGGUCUCGCUAGAACACCAUGCCGAACGCAAGAGCUUCUGCCCAGAACCACGGCGAUCAGGAUAGAGACCUAAGUGCAGAUGAACUCUGGUCUGCUGCAGAGAGUGAAAUUAACAGCCGUCUCACUUGGAAUGGUUCGAACGGACUGAAACGAAAGCGUCCGCUUACUGUGUCAUGCGAGCUGUGCAAACAGAGAAAAGUCAAAUGUGAUCGAGCACAGCCUAGUUGUGGCUGGUGUUCUCGCAAUGGCCAAUUGUGCGAAUACAAGGAAAGAAAGAAACCCGGCCUCCGAGCAGGGUAUGGAAAGGAGCUAGAGCAACGGUUGGACAAGUUGGAAAAGACCGUUCAGUCGCAAGGUCGUCUUAUCGAAACACACAUUCUUCAGAACCCCCGGUUGCUCCCUGAUCUGCCUCAAACCGGUUCCUUUCCCUAUAGCUCUCCCUCGGAGCCUUCUGCUGCCCAUAAGCCAAGUCCGCUCAAUGACUUGGUCCGAGAACCGUCUUCCCUGCCGACUCAUCCCUCUCAAGAUACCCCAAUUCUCUGCCAGCAUGACUACACGGACAAUGAUUCAUCAUUGAAUGUACCGGUGAAUUUGUUUUCAAAUCAAGCGCGUUCAUUCGCAGAUCCAGAACUUGAACUUCCUCCAUACGACUUGCUGUAUGCACUGGUUGAUCUCUAUUUUGAGCACGUCAAUCCAUGGUGCCCUAUUCUUCAUCGUCGGACGACCUUGGACAUCUUCUUCGGGCCAUCCCCUCUGGCCGAGGAAGACCGUAUGGUACUCUAUGCUAUAGUUGCAACAACUCUCCGAUUCUCUACAGACACUCGCCUCAACGAACGAAAUAGGAAGCAGUACCAUGACUCAUCCAAACAAAAGGUGCUUCUCUACGGACUGGAGAACUCAUCCGUUAAGGCGCUGCAGGCUCUGGUAAUACUAGCACUUGAUUUAGUUGGUUCAUCCAAUGGUCCGCCUGGAUGGAAACUUCUUGCUCUCAUAGCAAGGUCCGUGGUCCAACUGGGACUAGCAGUUGAGCCCAAGUCUCGUUUAGUCGCCCCUGUCUACCCUUCCAUCUAUACACUGAGAGCGGUUGUCCUUCCUGAACCAGACUCAUGGGUCGAGGAAGAAGGCAGACGCCGGUUGUUCUGGAUGGUAUAUCUGUUGGAUAGAUAUUCGACUAUAGCAACAGCUUUCGAUUUCGCCUUGGAUGACAAGGAUAUUGACCGCAAGCUUCCAUGCAAAGAUGAAUAUUUUGUCAAGAACAGGCCUGUGGAGACGAGAUGGUUCUGUCAUUCCCACAACCGAACUGAAUACAUCAAUCGUGCGGAGAAUGUCGGAUUUCUGGGUCUUUAUGUCGAGAUACUAGGCAUUCUCACGCGCAUUCAUCGUUUCUUGAAAAGGCCGGUGGAUAUCGCGUCAUUGUCCGAUGUCGAAGAGUGGCAAGCAACUUAUCGCAAGCUUGAUAGUGAGUUGACAUCAUGGGAGUUCAAUCUCCCUACUGAGUAUGCAUACGAGAAUUCGUCUCGACUGUUCAGCGGGUCAAAGCAUGCUCGGGGUUUACAGUGUGACUGGGUGCAGCUCCAUGCUGCUUAUCAAACAGCUGUGAUCCGUCUUCAUUCAUCCGCUGCAUACCCAACAACCCGCUCCCCAAUCUUCACCCCAUCAUACAGCGCCAACCAACGAUGUCUCUUAGCAGUCGACAACAUCCUCUCCGUAACUCGCCUAGUGGUCAACAACAAGCUCCUCGACAAACUCGGUCCCCCAUUCGCCUUCACCCUGUGGGUCUCAGCCCGCCUCUUGCUCGUCCACGGAUCCACCAUCGCGCACACAGUGAGCCCCGACUUUACUUUCUUCGUCGACACCCUCGCCCAAAUGGGCAUGUACUGGAAGGUAGCAGAGCGGUACAGCUCGAUUCUACAUCGCGUACUAGAUGAGUACGGCGAGUACCAGCAAUCCGGCGCAAUAGAUGACGAACGUGCCACACCAUCUACAGUCAAGAUAUUAGCGGAUAUGCGUCGCUGUGCGUUUGAUCUGGAUUUCCUUAUCUCGCGACAACCGCGCUCGUCGCCAGCUAGUAGCAGCCAACCACCGAUGCCAUCGACUGCAGGGCCCUUGCGGAACCUUGCGCCAAAUGAACUGGAAUACCUUGACGUCUUUGGCUUCUUCAAUGUACCCCGUGUACCUCCCACGCGGGCUCUGGAUAUGCCUAGUCUCGACGUCGAGGUAGCAGGUAGCAAUAAUCCAUCGCAUAUGCAUGGGUUAGCUGGAGGAGCGGCAGAUCCUAUGGAUGCAGCCGUGGAUGGCCAUUCAUCGAAUAUGAAUGACUUGAAUAUUACCAAUUAUCUCAUUCCGACUCCAGAGACUGAUUGGUUGUUUCGGCAGACGGGGUGAUGCGAUGCAUCCUGUCAGGUGACGGCGCGAAUCCGUUCUAAACAUACACAAGAUAGUGUAUUCAUAGCAUUUACAUGGUAAAGGUAUAGCAUGCACGUUAGUAUAGCAUGUACAUUAGAACUUUCAAUCAAGACAU